GAUCCCCAGUUGGGAGCAUCGAAGCGACGCAGCGCAUCACGAUGCAUCUGCUACCCCGCCGCCUAUCAUGCGAAGGAAGGCUCCAGGAGUGCCCGUGGAUAUACAGACUGGUGAUAAGGAGAUGGGCCAUGCCGACACCUUUGCCGCGCGUGGUGCUGGCAGGUCCUCGACGCUGGCUUCUUCUUCUGGCCCUGGCCUGGGUGCUGGCCUAGGCAGGGCCAUGGCCGUCCAUGACGGCGGUGCGCCUCUGACACCAAGCGCUUACCAAACUCCUGACCAGGAAGAAACGAAUGCCCAGCCGAAUCAAGGCCAUGGAAGGAGGUGGUUUAACCUUGGCCGAGUCACGAAUCACAAAUAAGGCGGAGCAUAAUUAGUCAGUAGGCCGUAGGUUCUGCAAACAGAUGGGAUAGUUUAAGAGCAUCGGGACUCCGGUACUAUAUUGUCAUCAUGGUCUGCAUACUCAAAUGGAUAUAUACAUUUUCAUUUAGGAUGCAGGUGGUGAGAGGGUCGCCGGUGUAAUGUCAGGCACAGAGAGAAUGAAUAUCCUACAGUAUGACUGAGAAUAUUCUGGGUUGGGUCAAUCUUUUUUUUUUUUUUUGGUGGAGGGUUGGCUUGGUCAAGAAAUUGAAAGUGUAGGCUUCGAUACUGAUGAUAAUGGCAUGUCAUGAUAUCAUAUCAC